AUGUAACAGAACACAAAAAGUACAUUGAUAGGGUUGCAGAUGCCACACUGCAGCUAACCUUUGAGAAACCACCACUUGUCGAAUUUUGGUGUAGUAUUGAAGAAUAUCCACAACUUCUUAAAAGACUCCUAAAAUACUCCCUUUCUGACUAUGUAUCUGUGUGUAUGAGUGGAUUUUCUUCAUGUACUUCAACCAAAAACACCAUAUUCCAACAGAUUGAAUAUAGAAGCAGAUAGAAGAAUCUGGAAAUCUUCUAUUAAGUCGGAUGAAAGAGAUUGGCAAAAAUGUAAAACUGCCAUUUUCCUGGUUGGUUUUCUGGAAAAUAUAAGUUUCAUAAAAUGUUAUUUUUGUUAUCAUGUAAUGGGUUUAUUGCUUUAUUAAUGAAUUAAAAUUUUAAAAUCUCAAAUAUAGCAAUUAGCACUAGCUUGGACCCACAUUAAGGAAAUCUGGAGCUAGAGAAGAGAGUAAGACACUACUAUCUCUGCUCUCAGGGAUCCCAAUUUUGAGAGAAACCAACAGUAUGCUACUCCCCUCAGUACCCUGAAAAUGUUUAUUAGCUUGUUGAAGAAGUACUAUUUGGGAACACAGAAGCAGGAGGGAUUAUCUUUCUGAUGGAGUCAGGAAGGGUUCACAAAGGAGGACAAAUUUCGUUACUUACAUCCUUUAGUGAAGCCUUCAACUCAAUUCUGUAAUUGGUUAUAUCUCAGAUAUUAACUUAUAAAUUAGUAAGAGAGUCCAGAAGGUUUCUCUCUGGAAAUUACGUUAUAAAAAGCAAUGUUUUUCAAAUUGGGUUGUAACCCAUUAAUUGGCAAGUCAGUGUGUAUUGACAAGCUUUAAAAACAAAAAAGUAUAUAUAAUAGAACUUUCAACUUCAUUGAAUUCUCUCACAUUUUAUUUCUUUCCUUCUACUUGAUUUGGUCCACUCUAGCUUUUUUGCCCAGCAGUUAUUGCGAUAUAAUUGACAAGUAAUACUGUGUAAGCUUAAGACAUACAAUAUGAUGAUUUGAUAUAUAUUGUGAAAUGACUACCACGUUAAGAUUAGUGAACAGAUCCUUCACCUCACACUUGUGUGUGUGUGUGAUCUCUCUUAGCAAAUUUCUAGUAUAUAGUACAUGCUCUAAUAUUUUAAGGUGGAAGCUUAUAUUGAUCCAAGCUUAGAUGAUGAUUUUUCCCCAAUAUAAGCAUUUAAUGCUAUACAUUCUAUUUUUAUUCAGCUCAAAAUAUUUUCUAAUUUCCCUUCUUGAGACAUCCUCUUUGAGUCAGGGAUUAUUUAGAAGUGUAUCAUUUAAUUGCCAAGUGAUCGGAGACUUUCCUGUUAUUCUCUAUUAUUAUUUUUUAGUGGUUACUCUAGGAAUUAUAUAACACGUAUUCAACUUUUUACAGCCUAUUUAUAUCAAUAUUUUAUCACUUCAACUGGCAUGUAGAAACCUUACCACGGUAUAGGUCUCCUGACCCCCACCAUUUAUGCCAUAGCUGUCUUAUAUAUUACCUAUACUUACAUUGAAAACCCCAUCAGACAAUUUUAUACUUUUUGCAUUCAACCACCAAACAUAUUUUAAAGAACUCAAGAAGAGUGGCCUAUUACAUUUACCGAGAGAUUUACUAUUUUUGUUACUUUUCUUUCAUUCCUGAUGUUCCAAGUUUCCUUCUCGUAUAAUUUCCCUUUUGCCUGAAGAAAUUUCUUUCAGCAGUUCUUUUAGAUUAGUUCUGCUGGUUGCAAAUUAUGUUUAGUUUUCCUCAGCUGAGAAUGUCUUUAUUUCAUCUUCAUUCCUGAAAGAUGAUUUCGCUGGAUACAGAAUUAUGAGUUUACAAUUCUUUCAGCACUUGGGAAAUGUCACUUCCUGUCAUUAGAAUGGCACCUACAUGUCAUCUCUCUCUGGCUGCCUGCAAAAUUUUUGUCUUUAGUAAUUUGAUUUUGAUGUUGUCUGGGCCUGGAUGUCUUUGGACUUACCCUAUUUGCUCAGCUGCUUGAAUCUGUAGGUGUCACCAAACUCGGGAAAUCUUCAGCCAUUACUUCUUCAAACAUUUCUUCAGCCCUUUCUCUUCUGUGGGAUUCUCAACGCAAGAAUGUUAGACCUUUUGUUCUUGUCCCGCAGGUGCCUUUUUUUCUUUUUUUUCCCCUUUCUUUUUCCUUUUUUUUCUCUGUUGGUCAGAUUAGAUCAUUUCUAUUAAUCUGUCUUCAAAUUCACUGACUUUUUUUCUCUGUCAUCUCCAUUCUACUAUUGAACCAAUCCAGUGAGUUUUUUGUUUUGGUUGUUAUAUUUCUCAGUUCUAGACAUGGGCAUUGGAAGGGCUGCAGCCUGUGAAUUAUUGUGAAGCGAUGGGAGUUCCCCGAAACCCACUGGAAAGUUGAAACACCAGAUGUGGAUGGCUGUGGCUCACGACAGGAACUGAAGACACUGAGAGAUGCUGAGGUGUGUGCGUGUGUUUUGUGCGUUCCUACGCAGCGCGGCUCAGCUGGGUGCAUUUUUCCGCAUUCACCUAGUGUUCUUCCAGGAUGAAGUCACGCAUAAACAAACGUGGACGUCUAGCACGGGCAACCCCGGGGGCCUGUAAAAGCACAGAGCGCUGGCCCCAGCCCCGGGUCUGGGAUGGAGCCCAGAAUUCGCACUUCUGACAAGUUCCCUGGAGCCGUGAAGCGUCGGCACCUGGUCUGAGGACCGCCCUUUGGAAGCACCGCCUUGCGCUGAGCGGGAGCUUUCUGCAGCGUCUAGAUGGUACAGGUCCUCUCCGCACCCGCACCCGCGCCCGGCUGCGCGUCCGGACUAAACACAUCACCGCCCUCACGCGCUGGCAGAGAAGCAGCCGCCACAGGAGCCAGCCCGGUGCGCCGGGGCUGCUUCCGGGUGCGCUCCGACUCUGGCUUUGCGUUCCGGCGACCGACCUCCGGUUGCGCGGCGGCGGGAGGACGACACCAGGGCGCACCCUCGCGCUGGUCCUGCUGGGCGCGCUUCCGGCCGCGCAGGCGCAGGAGGCUGCGUGCCAGACCGGGGACGGGGACUGCAGGAGCUCGCAGAAGCCAUGGAGACGAGGCCCCAGGAGGGCAGGAAGGGGCCCCCGCCCAGGGACGUGCCCCCGGUGGUGGGACUGCUGCUGUCCAUGGCCCUCAUGAACGCCCUCCUCUACCUCUGCCUCGACCGGCUCUUCAUCUCGCCCCGGCGCUCCACGGAGGACCCCACGCGCUGUCCCCACGGCCACUUCAGGAUGGGGCCGAUGAGCAACUGCUCCCCGUGGCUGUCCUGCGAGCAGCUGAGGACAGAAGUGAGGCAGAUGAAGCGUGUCGGGGAAGGAGCCGUGAAGAGAAAGAGGAAGCCAGAGGGACACAGCCUACGAGGAGCCACCUGGUGCAGUGGAGUCCUGACCUGGAUCCUGUUUUCUCUUCUGCAACCUUCUGCCUUCCCUUUGGGGACUCGAGCAGAAGAUCAGUGGUGUUUCUGUCUGAGUGGAAGGAACGCAAGGUGGCUCUGUCGCGGCUCACCAGGCUGGAGGUAAGAGACGACUUCCUGCACGGACUGCGGAUGCUGAAGUCGUUGCAGAGUGAGCACGUGGUCACGCUGCUGGGCUACUGUGAGGAUGACAACAGCAUCCUCACCGAGUACCACCCCUUAGGCUCCCUGAGCAGCCUGGAGGCGACGCUGAACCUCUCCAAGUACCGGAGCACGAACACGUGGCAGCACAGGCUGCAGCUGGCCCUGGGCUACGUGGCCAUCAUCGACUUCCUGCACCGCAGCCCCCUGGGCACGCUGGUCAUGUGCGACUCCAGCGACCUGCCCAAGACGCUGUCCCAGUACCUGCUGACCGCCAACUUCAGCAUCGUGCUCAACGACCUGGACGCCCUGCCCCUGGUGAACCGCAGCACCGGGGCCCUGGUGAAGUGCGGCCACCGGGAGCUUCGUGGGGACUUCGUGGCGCCAGAGCAGCUGUGGCCCUAUGGAGAGGACGUGCCUUUUCACGACGACCUCAUGCCCGCGUAUGACGAGAAGAUCGACAUCUGGAAGAUUCCAGAUGUCUCCAGUUUCCUUCUGGGGCACGUAGAAGGGAGCGACAUGGUCCGAUUCCACUUGUUUGAUAUUCACAAGGCAUGUAAGAGCCAGACGCCUGCAGAGAGACCCACCGCUCAGGACGUCCUGGACACUUACCAGAAGGUUUUGAAUCUACUCAGAGACACCGCGACGUCUCAGACAAGAGAGAUGCUGUAAAGACCAGUGCAGUCGGUGAGGUGCGGGAGUCAAGGAUCGGAUGGAAGAGUUACAGUGGUUCCGCUUUGAUGGGGAGGUUUCUGCUGCUUUGCCCCGUGGUUCUUCCUCUCCAUCCGUGUGCACAAGUGAGCGGCUCCCUAUCCUGGCCGCCUGGCAGGAGUUACUAAGCCAGAGCAAACCGGGCUUGAUGGGAGCCUGGCUUCAGGCGAAGGUGCAGAGAAGCAGCGAGUCUGGCCAGUAUCUGGAGGAAGUAACAAAAAUGGAGCUACAAAGAGGCUUCCCUAACACCUAAAUGUGUAAGCUUGUAAGCAAUGUGUGUAGAGAGGUUUUUAAAUUGCAGUGUACGGAAGAAACAAGCUGUAGUACUCGCUUUUUUAGGUGAGUAUUUGCGGUGUAUUUCACUGGUACUGAUGAGGCAUCUCUACCAUUUCAAAUGAUUGCUCUGUGACGCUCCUGUGCCAUUCCCUUCCCAGCGAGCUUGCAUGCUCUUUGAAAUUUUGAAUGGAUAAGGAACAUUUAAAAUAUCAAGUAUGAUGGAGAUUAUAUCUAUGUUACUGCCUUGGAUGGUGCUUGUGAAAUUCCUAUUUACCUUCCAGCUGGAUUUUCUGUGUCCAAAAUUAAUGAUUGUGAACAUUUUAUAUCAACAGUAUCUGUCACUCAUUACCAGAAGGCGUCAAACCCUUGCACUUGACUCGCAUGAUUGAAUCCUUCAAAUAGCUCUUUCCUUGGUCACUGUCAUCCUCGCUCGCAGGGGAUGAUGGAUUUGGUGCAUAGCCAUCAUCACCAGUAAGGGGGUUAAAGCUGGCACUGAGGGGCAAAGACACCGUGCAGCUGACUGCCUGCCCCUGGCUUGCACAGGCCUCACAGUCACGGGAGUCACAGGGAGCUGGGCCCCGACCCACAGGCUCUGACGCAGUCUGUCUGGGUGGAGUCCGAGACUUCGCAUUUCUCACUGGCUUCCAGGUGAUGCUGGUACUGCCAGUCUGGGGACCACAUUUCGAGAACCACUGUCCUUAACUGUCAGGGAGGGCAGCCCAGGCAGUAGGAUAGGGAGUAUUGUCAGUAUUAUCCCUGUUCUACUGCCUGUGGUUGAUCGGGCCCUGUGGGUCCUAUGGUUGGUCAGAGAAUACGCUUGCCCAGAGUAUAUUAACUGCUGCUUUUUGUUAUAAAAAUGCUGCCAGAACCCACUAGGACGUCUGUAAUCAGAAGGAUGGACAAUUACAAGUGUUGGUGAGGAUGUAGAGAACUGGAGCCAUCGUACACUGCUGGUGGGAAUGCCAAGUGUUCCAGCUGCCUUGGGAAACAGUCUGGCAGUUCCUCAAAAAGUUAAAAAUAGAGUUACCAUGACCCAGCCGUUCCACUCCCCAGUAUUCACCUGAGAGAACUGAAAACAUGGCCAUAAAAGAACUUGUAUAUGAAUGUUCAUAGCAGCAUUAUUCAUGAUAGACAAAAGAUGAAAAUAACCCAAAUGUCCAUCCACUGGUGAAUAGAUAAAGAAAACAAAGAAAAUGUGGUCCAUCCAUUCAAUGAGGUGUCGUUCAGCCACGAAAAGGAAGGAAGUACUGAUACAUGCUCCGACACGGAUGAAUAUGCUAAGUGAAGGAAGCUGUCACAAAAGACCACAUUUGUAUGAUUCCACUUAUAUGAAAUGUCCAGCAUCGACAAACCCAUAGACACAGAAAGUAAAUUAGUAGUUUCUAGAGGCUGGCAGGGGCUUGGGGCUGAAGAAUGGGGAGUGCUUGCUAAUGGGUACAGGGUUUCUUUGGGAGUGAUGAAAAUGUCCAGAAAUUAUGCAGUGGUGAUGGUUGCACAACUCUGAAUAUACUAAGUAACACUGAAUUGUACAAAAAGGGAA